AGUGCCUAGGGCCCAUCAAUGUCAGAUGCAGCCCCGUGGACAAAGAACACUCCCUGAGCACAAGACACGAAGGAACCCAGUCUCCAGUGUCACAAACAGGCCUGCCCAGCAGGGUCUGCCCCUGCCCACCUCCUCCAGCCUAGGUAACGCCACAAAGCCCUGCCCUAGUGCUGACAGCGUGGGAGGGGCCACUGUUGGCCCAGCCCCACCCCCAACCAAGAUCCCUUUGCCAGGGAUUCAGAGGUAGCCCUGAUGCCUGGCUGGCCUGGCCUCCUAAUCCAAGGCCCGCCCCUUGGCCCGCCCCUGGCCUGGGUGGGGUGACCCCCUACAAAAGCUCAGAAUUUCCAGCAGCGGCUCCUUCCUCCAGGAACCUCUGGUGCAGCUGUGGUGGAAUCUGGCCAGGCCCUGCUUAGGCCCCCAUCCUGGGGUCAGGAAAUUUGGAGGGUUGUCCUCGACCAGUCCCGUGCCAUGGCAGCCCACCUGCUUCCCAUCUGCGCCCUCUUCCUGACCUUACUCGAUAUGGCCCAAGGCUCUAGGGGCCCCUUGCUACCCAACCGGCCCUUCACCACCGUCUGGAAUGCAAACACCCAGUGGUGCCUGGAGAGGCACGGUGUGGACGUGGAUGUCAGUGUCUUCGAUGUGGUAGCCAACCCAGGGCAGACCUUCCGCGGCCCUGACAUGACAAUUUUCUAUAGCUCCCAGCUGGGCACCUACCCCUACUACACGCCCACUGGGGAGCCUGUGUUUGGUGGUCUGCCCCAGAAUGCCAGCCUGAUUGCCCACCUGGCCCGCACAUUCCAGGACAUCCUGGCUGCCAUACCUGCUCCUGACUUCUCAGGGCUGACAGUCAUCGACUGGGAGGCAUGGCGCCCACGCUGGGCCUUCAACUGGGACACCAAGGACAUUUACCGGCAGCGCUCACGGGCACUGGUACAGGCGCAGCACCCUGAUUGGCCAGCUCCUCAGGUGGAGGCAGUAGCCCAGGACCAGUUCCAGGGAGCUGCACGGGCCUGGAUGGCAGGCACCCUCCAGUUGGGGCAGGCACUGCGUCCUCGCGGCCUCUGGGGCUUCUAUGGCUUCCCUGACUGCUACAACUAUGACUUUCUAAGCCCCAACUACACCGGCCAGUGCCCAUCAGGCAUCCGUGCCCAAAAUGACCAGCUAGGGUGGCUGUGGGGCCAGAGCCGUGCCCUCUAUCCCAGCAUCUACAUGCCCGCAGUGCUGGAGGGCACAGGGAAGUCACAGAUGUAUGUGCAACACCGUGUGGCCGAGGCAUUCCGUGUGGCUGUGGCUGCUGGUGACCCCAAUCUGCCGGUGCUGCCCUAUGUUCAGAUCUUCUAUGACAUGACAAACCACUUUCUGCCCCUGGAUGAGCUGGAGCACAGCCUGGGGGAGAGUGCGGCCCAGGGGGCAGCUGGAGUGGUGCUCUGGGUGAGCUGGGAAAAUACAAGAACCAAGGAAUCAUGUCAGGCCAUCAAGGAGUAUAUGGACACUACACUGGGGCCCUUCAUCCUGAACGUGACCAGUGGGGCCCUUCUCUGCAGUCAAGCCCUGUGCUCUGGCCAUGGCCGCUGUGUCCGCCGCACCAGCCACCCCAAAGCCCUCCUCCUCCUUAACCCUGCCAGUUUCUCCAUCCAGCUCACACCUGGUGGUGGGCCCCUGAGACUGCGGGGUGCCCUCUCACUUGAAGAUCAGGCACAGAUGGCUGUGGAGUUCAAAUGUCGAUGCUACCCUGGCUGGCAGGGACCGUGGUGUGAGCAGAAGAGCAUGUGGUGAUUGGCCACACACUGAGUUGCACAUAUUGAGAACCUAAUGCACUCUGGGUCUGGCCAGGGCUUCCUCAAAUACAUGCACGGUCAUACAAGUCAUGGUCACAGUAAAGAGUACACUCAGCCACUGUCACAGGCAUAUUCCCUGCACACACAUGCAUACUUACAGACUGGAAUAGUGGCAUAAGGAGUUAGAACCACAGCAGACACCAUUCAUUCCAUGUCCAUAUGCAUCUACUUGGCAAGGUCAUAGACAAUUCCUCCAGAGACACUGAGCCAGUCUUUGAACUGCAGCAAUCACAAAGGCUGACAUUCACUGAGUGCCUACUCUUUGCCAAUCCCCGUGCUAAGCAUUUUAUGUGGACUUAUUCAUUCCUCACAAUGAGGCUAUGAGGAAACUGAGUCACUCACGUUGAGAGUAAGCACGUUGCCCAAGGUUGCACAGCAAAAGGGAGAAGUUGAGAUUCAAACCCAGGCUGUCUAGCUCCGGGGGUACAGCCCUUGCACUCCUACUGAGUUUGUGGUAACCAGCCCUGCACGACCCCUGAAUCUGCUGAGAGGCACCAGUCCAGCAAAUAAAGCAGUCAUGAUUUA